AUGUUCACUGACGGCCUCGACAGCAAUUCCCUUCGCUGGGUUCAAAAUAGCCAGAAAGAAGCUUCUUCUUCUCCGAUGCCGCAUUCAGCAGUUCUGAGGCCGCGAAUUGACCCAAUCUCCGCCAGAACUAAUUCCUCCCGCCUCCCGCCGCCCUCCAAGUUCAGGAGCGGCCAUCUCCCCACCACUGCAAUCCCGGUCUCCAGAGCUAUCCCCGCUGAUGACGACGGCAGUAGGUCCGUUUCCGAAAAUGACGUGACUGAGUCCGACGAGGACGACGUUUACGGCGGGCGCUAUUCGCUUGAUUCCUCCCCACAGGACGACAAGAAAUUCCCUAAUUCCAACUCUAGGUAUGCCAAUUCCGCCGCCAGGGGACCCCGCUACGCUACUGAUUACAGCUACUCCGAUGUUAGUUCGUCCAUGGAGACCGUCCCGGUGAGAAAUGGGAAUGUAGGUGGGAGGACGGCGGCGGGGGGUGGUUUUCGUGGUGGCGGCGGCGGUGGGAGGAGUGUUUAUACGGAGGAGGACGAUGAGGAGUCUGAUUCGGCUUCCAGCUCCGAGUUCUCGACUACCCAAGCUGGAAGUGUUCAUAGUGCUUUACCUGGAAGUAGGUUACGCUUCUCUGAAGGUUAUGCAUCCAGUGUACCUUCCCUGGCCAAUGUAGAGAGUGUUGCAGCAAAGGUUUCUCAUCCUAAGAACGUGCAGACAAAGAAGUUUUCUUUUGAUGGUGAUGUACCAAGUGCACCUCCAUUUUCUGGAUCGGGUCAAGAAAUUAAAGAAGGCACUGAAACAACUUCAGAACUACAGAAGACCUCUCAGACUGCACAGUCUAGCGGUUUCUCUAAGCAGGAGUACAAUACGGGAAGCAAGGAUCCAGAUCAGGUUCUGAGAACAACAGGCGGCGAACCAGCAAUAUCUUCUGCUUCAAACCCAGCUCGACUUCCAACAUUUCAUGCGAGUGCACUAGGGCCAUGGCAUGCUGUAAUUGCAUAUGAUGGAUGUGUGCGGCUUUGCCUGCAUGCCUGGGCUAGGGGUUGCAUGGAGGCUCCUAUGUUCUUGGAGAAUGAGUGUGCUCUGCUUCGUGAGACAUUUUGUGUGCAGAAUGUGCUCUUGCAGUCAGAGGAGGAAUUAUUAGCAAAGCGCUCCUGUGAACUUGCAGCUGAAGGGGCCGCUCCAAAGCCUAAAAAAAUCAUCGGAAAGAUGAAGGUGCAAGUCCGCAAAGUGAAAACAAUGCUCGAUCCUCCAACUGGCUGUAAUAUGUCUGCUCUAGCUCUGAGGUCACCCAAACUGGAAAUGGUCCAGUAUCGUUUCUCCAGGUUCCAGUCAUCAGUCUAUUCUGGGUGGAAGGCGUUCCGAAGAAUUCAUGUCGCAACUCGUAUUCCUGCAAAUGGGUCUUUUAAACGCCAGAGCUUGGCUUAUGUACAAGCUAGCACUCAAUAUAUAAAACAAGUGUCUGGACUUCUGAAAUCUGGUGUAACGAGUCUCCGUAACAGUUCUUCAUCGUAUGAAGUGGUGCAAGAAACAUACUCUUGUUUGUUAAGACUAAAAAGCUCAGCAGAUGAAGAUGCCAUCAAGAUGCAGCCUGGAUCCGGUGAAACCCAUGUUUUCUUUCCAGAUAGCUUGGGGGAUGAUUUAAUUGUUGAAAUCCAAGAUUCCAAGGGGAAAAGUUUUGGUCGUGUUGUUGCUCAAGUUGCUACCAUCACUGAAGAUUCGGUCGAUAAGUUGCGGUGGUGGUCUAUCUAUAAAGAGCCUGAACAUGAACUUGUGGGCAAACUGCAACUGUACAUCAAUUACUCAACCAGUGCAGAAGAUGGUAAUGCCAAGUGUGGCUCGGUGGCAGAAACAGUUGCGUAUGACCUUGUCCUUGAAGUUGCCAUGAAGGCGCAACAUUUUCAACAGCGGAACCUGUUGUUGUAUGGUUCGUGGAAGUGGCUUCUCAAUGAAUUUGCUAUAUAUUAUGGCAUUUCUGAUGUCUAUACCAAACUGAGGUACCUUUCCUACAUAAUGGAUGUAGCUACACCAACAGCAGACUGCCUGACUUUGGUGUAUGAUUUACUAAUGCCUGUGAUCAUGAAAGGCCAUAGCAAAAGUACACUAAGUCAUCAAGAGAACCGAAUCUUGGGAGAGAUCAAGGAUCAGAUUGAACAGAUCCUUUCUCUAGUUUUUGAGAAUUACAAAUCUCUCAAUGAAACAUUAGUUUCGGGUAUCAUGGAUGUUUUCAAGCCUGCAACUGCUGUUGCAGCACCUGCAUUGGAUCCUUCAGUAAAGCUGUACACUCUUCUUAAUGAUGUAUUGUCUCCUGAGGCACAAACUAAGCUGACUCACUAUUUCCAGGUUGCUGCAAAAAAGAGGUCAAGAAGGCAUUUGAGUGAAACUGAUGAAUAUGUAACCAACAACAAUGAAGGAAUUUUAAUGGACCCCAUGGCUGCUACCAUCGCGUAUCAGAAGAUGACUUCUCUGUGUAUGAACAUAAAAAAUGAAAUCCACACUGAUAUUGAGAUCCACAAUCAACACAUACUUCCCAGUUUUGUAGACCUUCCAAACUUAUCUGCAUCCAUAUACAGCACCGAGCUUUGCAGUAGAUUGGGAGCUUUCCUUGUUUCAUGCCCCCCAUCUGGUCCUUCACCUCAUGUAGCAGAACUUGUUAUUGCAACUUCAGAUUUUCAGAGGGAGAUUGCCAGCUGGAGCAUCAGUCCCGUCAAAGGAGGAGUUGAUGCGAAAGAGUUAUUUCAUUUGUAUAUCAUGCUAUGGAUUCAAGACCGACGGCUCUCUCUUCUCGAGUCUUGUAAAUUAGACAAGGUGAAGUGGUCAGGUGUCAGGACACAACAUUCUACCACUCCCUUUAUUGAUGAUAUGUACGAGAGGCUGAGAGAGACAUUGGACGAAUAUGAAAUCAUUAUCCGACGCUGGCCAGAAUACAUCUUCGUGCUGGAAAAUGCAAUCGCUGAUGUUGAAAAGGCUGUGGUGGAAGCAUUGGACAAGCAGUAUGCUGAUGUUCUUGCACCAAUGAAAGAGAACCUGGCACCAAAGAAGUUUGGGUUUAACUAUGUUAAGAAGCUCACGAAACGUUCUGUGUGUUCUUACACUGUUCCUGAUGAGCUAGGAAUUCUGUUGAAUUCAAUGAAGAGAAUGUUAGACAUCUUGCGUCCGAAGAUUGAGGCGAGGUUCAAGACUUGGGGGUCCUGCAUGCCUGAUGGCGGGAACACAGUUCCCGGGGAACGUCUAAGUGAAGUGACUGUGAUGCUGAGAUCCAAGUUUCGGAGUUAUCUUCAAGCUGUGGUUGAAAAACUAGCAGAGAAUACGAAGUUGCAGAAUGCGACAAAAUUGAAGAAGAUUCUUCAGGAAUCAAAAGAAUCAGUUGGAGAAUCAGAUAUAAGGGGCAGAAUGCAGUCACUGAAAGAGCAGCUAAUCAAUACCGUGAAUCACCUUCAUUCGGUAUUCGAGACUCAUGUUUUCAUUGCAAUAUGUCGCGGAUAUUGGGACAGAAUGGGGCAGGAUGUUCUGAGUUUCAUGGAGAACAGAAAAGAGAACAGGUCGUGGUAUAAAGGCUCACGAGUAGCAGUCUCUGUGUUGGACGAUACCUUUGCCUCGCAAAUGCAGGAGCUACUUGGGAACGCGAUUCAAGACAAGGAUGUUGAGCCGCCAAGAUCUAUCAUGGAAGUCCGCUCAAUGCUCUGCAAGGAUGCACCAAAUCACAAGGACAACGGCUACUACUACUAA